AAGUCUUCGAGCAAGUUUGGAUACGACAAUGGAGGACGCCGUUGGGAUAGAACCGUCCAAAUCUGCAUUUAGAAAAGGUCCUGGACGAAAAAUCAAAUUGAAGAUGUCCUGGAAUAAAAGUUCUAGUGUGGAUAGCGAUAAUUCUGAGUUAAUAGAUGAAUUUGUGCAGGACGUUAUUCAGAAGGCGAAACAGGAAUAUUUAUCGGAGUGUAACGGAUUUAGAUCAGAUCACUCGGGGACAAAUGGAUAUCAUCGCCACACGGGACGAGUGUCACCCGCACCUCCAUCUCCCGAGUCCAGUGAUGAGGAGGGAGAUGUAAACAGUCAUCGUUCCAACGACAGAAUAGAUGAAGAGGAUAGAUUAAAUUCAAAUAAUUGUAACAGAUCUGUUGGUGAAGGGAUACAAUAUUUGGAGGAUACCUCACACCGGAACAAAGCUGGAGAUGGCAUCGGUGAGAAAUGUGCUCCCCAUGAGCGGAAACCAUUGAUAGAGAAGGCCGGAAGAAGUGGGCACACAUGUCUACAACAUCUCUACGCUCUCCUGUGCUGCCAGUGUAUCUGUGAGACCUAUGAAGUCACAUAAAACAUAACAACUGACGUCGCAGAUUACUGAAGUGAGGACGUCAAAUGCAUUUUUACAUUAUUAUUACAAUGUUUUAUUAUAUAAUAUACAUGAAAAUUGCUGUGAAGUUAUGUAAAUCUAUAUCACCCUGCUGUAAUGUAAAUAAACUGUCUGUUUUGACAGCCAAGAACAAUG